AUGCUUCGACUACUGCUCUUUUCAUUAUUAAGUUAUUCGACUCUAGGAGAACUUCGUUCAUCUACUCCUCAUUGGGAUUAUCAAAGACAUGGACCUGAUGCUUGGCCACAUGUAUUCGACGCAUGCGAAGGAGAUGCGCAAUCGCCAAUUGAUAUUCGUACAUCACAUGUGAAAUACGAUUCACACCUAGCACCACUCUUAAUAAAUAGUUAUACUACAAAUAAUACCAUAUCUGUGUGGAAUUUUACACACAAUGGCCAUACUAUCAUCGCUUAUCCGUCGCCGUUAUCUCGUCUUUCGAUUAGUGGAGCGAGUCUUCGUGAAGUUUACUAUCUAGUUAAUGUGCACUUCCAUUGGGGUUAUCAUCCAUAUCACGGUUCAGAACAUACGAUUGACUCGACCAAAUUUCCUCUAGAGGUUCAUUUCGUGCAUGAAGCACGAUCUCCCAAUACAUACGCUGUUCUCAGCGUGCUUUUUACUUUGCAAAGGCAUGAUAAUGAACAAUUGAAUGACUUGCUAUCGAUCGUCAAUCAAACAAUCAAUGCAUCCGUAUGGAUUGAGUAUCGAUUCGAUGUCUCUCGUCUACUUCCAACGACUUCAACGAAACACUUUUUUCUUUAUAAUGGUUCCUUCACGGUACCGCCGUGUACAGAAGGAAUCACUUGGAUUGUCUUAGCCAAGCAUGUUCCAAUUUCAGUCGAUCAACUAGAAAUCUUCUCUGGAAAUUCCGUUCCAUCCAAUUUUCGAUCUCCGCAAAAGCUAUCUUCUAGGACAAUUCUAGCUGAUUUCGAACCAGAGCCAUACGAAGUCGAAAGUUCACACGGUACUCCACAUUCAACGGCAAAUCACGCUCAAAUAUCGAUGUUCUCACUCUCAAUAAUAAUCGUUUCAUUUUUAACCAACUAUUAA